CCAACUGUCAUUUUUACAGCGACUUCAUUGUAUUUGUCGCAGAUUUUUCUAAAAAUAAACUGUUUCUUUUAAGAUUAAAGUAUUUCUUUUGUGGUGCGUAUUGAUAAAUAAAUAAACUGGCGUAAAUAAAUUAAACAAUAUGUCUAACUUCGAGGACAACCCGUUUAGUGAUCCCGCCAUUGACAAUCCUUUUGCUGACCCUGCAGUGCAGCAAGUUGCUAGGAAUACCAGUGCUGUCACUCAAGGGCUUGACGACUAUAACCCAUUUGAUGGCCAACAAAAUGCAAAUCAAUCUACGCCUCUACAACAACCAACUCAGCCUGCUAUCAUGCAAGCAGUUUCACCACCUGCAACUGGGCAAUAUACUAGACCUGGGCCAGCAAAUCAAACUCAAGCUCCACCUUCAAACUUUACAACGGCUGACUUUCAGAGAAGACAAGAAGAGUUAGAGAGAAAAGCAGAAGAACUAGCAAGACGUGAAGCGGAAUUACGUGCUGGCUCGGCAGGCAGAAGAAAUAACUGGCCUCCAUUGCCAUCUUUCUGUCCAGUACAACCCUGCUUCUAUCAAGACAUAAAUGUGGAUAUCCCGCUAGAAUUUCAAAGGAUUGUGAGGCAUCUAUAUCACUUGUGGAUGUUUCAUUCCCUCGUACUGGCCUUAAACAUUGUUGGCGGAAUGGCCAUGAUGAUUGCCGGAAUGACCACCGGAAUAACUGUCUUUGGCUUAUCAAUUCUGUACUUCAUUCUUCUAACACCAUUUAGCUUUAUAUGUUGGUACAGACCGAUAUACAAAGCUUUCAGAAGUGACUCCUCUUUUAAUUUUAUGGUGUUCUUCUUUAUAUUCCUUUUUCAAAUAAUAAUCACUUUGGUACAAUCCAUUGGAAUUAAGAACGGAGGCUCAUGUGGACUGAUCAUAAGCCUCGAAUCAUUUAGUGAGAAUGUGGGCGUGGGAAUCGUCACUCUCAUUGUCACUAUUGGUUUCGUUACCUGCGUCGUAGCUGAUAUUUUGCUCAUGACUAAAGUCCACCGUAUAUAUCGCUCAACGGGAGCGUCGUUAGCAAAGGCCCAAGCAGAAUUCACGACAGAAAUUCUACGCAACCAACACGUGCAAACCGCUGCUUCGAACGCUGCCGCCGCCGCCGUCAACGCUCAGAUUAACGCUAAUGCUAACAGAUAUUAACGGAUUUUUGACAAGGACCACGGCGAGUAAUAAUGUAAUUAUGAAAUUGUAAAUUUUAAACAUGUUUCAGUUUGUGUAUGUAUUGAGAUUAUGUGGCCAGUGUCAAAGUAGAAAUUCGUGUCAUCUAGGCGUGAACAUUUUUUUUAGGCCUUCAGUACACGCAGAGGCCCAUAUAUUCAGAACACGGAUCAAGCCUAGGUUCAAGAUCUAUCUUGAGACAUCCUAUCGUUUAAAUCUAAGUGUUAGUAAUAAAUACAUGUAUGACAAGCCUUUUAUUAUAUUUAGGAAAACAUUAAGCACGCUUGUUCAAUUUAAUUUAAUCAAAAUUAUUUAAAUUAUCGAAAUAUGUUGCCAAUAUUUAAUAUUCCGAUUAUUUAAUAAUAUUAAAAGUAUUUAAUAUGUUAUUGCGCAGAAAUCUGGAUUUACUUACCGCUAUAUUUAUUUUAAAACACAUGAGCUUACGGACGCUUUAAAUAUUUAAGAACUCCCAAAUAUUCCUGCAUUUCUGAGGCAUAAAUAUUAUUAUAGUAUUAAUAUCUAAAUAUAUUAUUUAACUAGAUUCGAAUUUAGUUUUUCAUUAUUCAAAAUUAACAUUCCACUUGGGCCAGUGUAUAUAUAUUGCUUAUCGACCCUUCGAGAACAUUAAUUCAUUAAAACUUUUAUAGGACACGUUUCACAGCUAGCUAAUAAAUGACAUAUUUCAGAAUGUAUCUCAAAUCGAACUAAUUUCCACAGAAUAUGUCAAAUCAAUUUUUCUAUUGUCCAAAAUGUAAUGAUCAAAAGUUAUAAUUUGAGAAACAUUUUGGAAUGCAGGCAUUUAGAACCAAUACAUACAGAUUAUAUAUUUUAAUACACUUACUGCUACUACGAUAUUUUGUCCCUAUAAUUAACGCACCGUUUUGCUUGAGCCACUACUAUGGAACCGAAGUAUUUCUGUUUUCGAUUUGGGGUCAAAUUAUUCUUCUUAAACUUCAAAUCGGAGGAUCCUUCUGCCCAUGUGCCUCUUAUUGUAUAAAAAGGACAAGAUUGUUAUUUCUAUAUUUGAAGUCUAUGCGGCCAAAUCUAUUGUCUACCCUUGUAAUGUCUGAUUAAAAAAUCGAACAUUAGCUAGCUGUAGAACGACAAAGUAGUAUAUGUGCGUUUGAAUGGUUACUUAACUUUGUGUGUAUCUUGCCGUGUGUUAUUAGAUUAUGCACAAGACUUAUCUACACAAUAUUUAAGAAUAUAAUAAUAUAAAAUGUACCUAGUCACUCGACUAAUGGUUCCCAUAAUCGAAGAACAUUUUUCAAUAAAUUUUAAGCAUACUGGAUUUUAUCUAUAGGCUUAUUUACAAGAGUUUGGCGGCAUUUUGAAAAGUCACAGAGUAUAAAAUGCCUGACCUACACAGAUAGCUAAUCUAUUCAGACACUUGUAAUAGCCCUAUUAUAUUUUUGAUUAAAAUGUAAAGCAAUUUGACACUGUAAGAUAUAUCUGAGCCUAGUUUAUUGUAAAUUAUUAUCAGACCGUCCUUACCCAGAUAAUGGUAAGUGAAGGCGUAGUUUUAUCUUGUUUAACUGUUUUUUAACGAUUAAGUCAUGUUAUAAACUUAUGAUUAAUAAUAAAUAUAAUUUCUGAAAA